AUGACUGCCUUGACACAGAGUCUCGAGCUCUCAGUUCUGGAGACACCCGUUCAGAAUUCAGAAAGAGAGAACGAUAUAAACAGAUAUGGCCAAGAGGGUGGCAAACGCAAAUCUGAGAGAAGCCUUGAAGAUGGGAGAGCUCAAGAGCAUGAUGACCAAGAGUACCCAGCGCGUUGGAAACUGAUCCUCAUUACUAUUGGCUUGUGCAUGGCAGUGUUCUGCAUGGCAUUGGACGAAACAAUCGUAGCGACAGCUAUUCCGCGCAUAACGGAUGAGUUCCAUGCGCUGGACGAUGUCGGAUGGUACGCCACCGCAUACUUGCUCACCAUCUGCAGUUUUCAACUCAUCAUCGGCAAGCUUUACGCCCUGUACAACGUGAAAUGGGUGUUUCUCAGUGCCAUCGGCUUCUUUGAGCUAGGGUCCCUAAUUAGCGGUGUAGCUCCGAACUCCACAGUUCUCAUUUCUGGCCGCGCAGUUGCUGGCAUAGGGGCUGCAGGACUCUUUUCCGGAGCUCUUCUGAUCAUUGCCCAAUCGGUCCCGUUGCGACAACGACCUGCAUACAUCGGCUUCAUCGGAGCCAUGUUCGCCAUCGCGAGCGUUGUAGGGCCACUCCUGGGUGGUGCAUUCACCUCGCGGCUGACAUGGCGUUGGUGUUUCUACAUUAACCUUCCCUUUGGCGGCCUGACUGCUUUGUUCAUCGUUGUCUUUUUCAACUCUUAUGGCAAAAGUCAAGACGGAGUAGAUUGGAAACAGCAAACCUCCCAGCUCGACCUAGAAGGCACCAUCUGCUUACUUCCUGGGAUCUUGUCCUUGCUAUUGGCCUUGCAGUGGGGUGGCACGAAGUACUCGUGGUCCAAUGGUCGCAUCAUUGCCCUCUUCAUCGUCUUCGCUGUGUUGAUCAUUGCCUUUGUUCUGAUCCAGGUGUGGAAGGGGGAGAGAGCCACUGUCCCUCCUCGCGUCUUUCUGAAUCGGAACGUUUGGGGAUGUGCUAUCUUUGGGGCUUGUUUUGGGGCAUCAUUCUUCUUGUUGAUAUAUUAUAUCUCCGUCUGGUUCCAAGCCGUCAAGGGUGUCAGCGCUUUUCAUUCGGGUAUCAUGAUUCUCCCGUCAAUCCUCAGUGUGGUGGUGAUGUCUAUAAUCGUGGGCAGCGCCACCACCGCGAUCGGCUAUUAUACGCCCUUCAUUUACGCUAGCUCCGUCACAAUGAGCAUCGGCGCUGGCCUCCUCACCACAUUCACCAUCGACACCUCCUCCAGACAGUGGAUUGGAUAUCAGGUUCUUUAUGGCCUGGGUGCUGGCUUGGGAAUGCAGCAACCGCUCAUCGCCAUCCAGGCCACAUUGCCUGCACAGGACAUCGCCAUCGGGACUGCAGUUUUCAUGUUUGCGGAGACUGCUGGCGGCGCCAUUUUCAUUGCUGCCGGGCAGAGUAUCUUCACAAACCAGCUGAUGAAGCUUGUCGCGGCCGCCAAUAUCCCACAGCUGGAUCCGGCGCUUAUCCUACUAAACGGAGCCACACAGCUGCGGAGCUUCGUCCCGCCGCAGUACCUGCGACCGCUGCUUGUCGCGUAUAACGAGGCUCUCACGCGAACGUGGUAUCUCGUUGUCGGCAUGGCGGCCCUGUCCAUUGUUGGCGCGCUCUUUAUCGAGUGGAAGUCUGUGAAGGGAAUCAAGAUUAUGAUAGGUUGA